AUGGAGGAACCUAUAGAGGAAGCUAUUGACACCAAUCUUCCAAAUAUAAAGUACCUGGAUCUCUGUGGGGCAUUGAUCGAUUUGAAGAGUCUAUUGAUAAUAUUGGAAGGAUGCAAAAACCUUGAAUAUUUGGAUGUAAGCGGCUGCAUAGGUUUUAGACCUAAUGAAAUGGUACUGGAGCUAGCUUCGCAUAUCAAGACAUUCAAGUGCGAAGGUUCAAUGCUUGAUGAGGAAUUUGACGCUGCAAUAAUGGAGGACUAUAUUGAUGCACUAUGUGGAAAUUCAGAUGAGGAUUUGCGUGCCCACGCCCAUCGACAAAAUCGUGGCCCCGGAAGACCGAACGAAUUCUCGCAUAGAA